CAGUGACAGAAGCGUCAACUCCGUGGGCUAGUUCCUGGCAUCUUGGUCUUCCCUGCAUCUUCUUUUUCCCAGCGCAAGCUGAUUGUGGUUUCGGCGAUGAGCUCCCAGAAAGGGAACGUGGCUCGUUCCAGGCCUCAGAGGCACCAGAAUACGUUUAGCUUCAAAAAUGACAAGUUUGAUAAGAGUGUUCAGACCAAGAAAAUUAAUGCAAAACUUCAUGAUGGAGUCUGUCAGCGGUGUAAAGAAGUUCUUGAAUGGCGUGUAAAAUACAGCAAAUACAAACCAUUGUCAAAGCCUAAAAAAUGUGUUAAAUGUUUACAAAAGACAGUGAAGGAUUCUUAUCAUAUAAUGUGUAGACCAUGUGCCUGUGAACUUGAAGUUUGUGCAAAAUGUGGAAAGAAAGAAGACAUUGUUAUUCCGUUUAAUAAAGAACCAGAAAAUUUUGAAAAUAAUCUACAUUCUAACCAUCAAAGAAGCUGCAGAAGAAAUGAAGAAGAAAGUGAUAGUGAUUUGGAUUUCGAUAUUGAUUUAGAUGACAAUCAAGUGGAUUAAUAUAACCUUAUUAAAAGUCAGUUUGAAAACAUGAAAUUCUGAACAGCUUUUGACUUUGAGGGUUUUACAAAAAAAUAUUGUGAAAUCCUAAUGAGGAAAUCAUAAAAACCUGUAGAAAAUAGGCAAAAUUUAUACAUGGACAAUAUAAAUUGUGCGUGAUAUUUGAAUAAUUAUAAUACUUUAUCCAGAGUUUUCUUAUAAUAAAUUUUUAAGUAGCAUAUGCUAGGAUAUCUGCAAAAUUGGUGUUGGGUUAUCAUAUUGCAGUUCAUGGGAAUUAUUUAGAAUUCAGAUAUACUACCUAUAUCAAACUAAGCAAGAUACAAAAUUGAUGGUUGUGAAAGAACUAUCUCAUG